AUGUCUCGAUUGGUUCCUUACUUGAUCACACCGGAACCAAAGCGUAUAGCUCGCUUUAUUGGGGGUCUAGCCCCAGAAAUCAAGGCAGGUGUGAAAGCAUCGAGACCUACUACAUUCAGGUCAGCGGCAGAUCUGUCACUAUCCCUCACACUGGAUGUGGUCAGAAACAAGACUGCCAAAGCUUCUGAUGAUGGAAAGCGUAAAAGGGGGGAUGAGGAUUCUCAUCGCUCCGAUAAGAAGAAAAGGGGGAACUCUGAUCAUAAGAAGAGCUCCGGGUUUAAGAAGGACAACCAGCAGUCGGGGACCAAAUAUCGAGCUAAAGACGCUACAAUUGUGAACCUCCGAAUUAACAAAGAUGUUCUCCAAGCUAUGAUAGACACAGCUGUUGGAAAGGCUGUGAGGAAGGCCGUGAAAAAGUUCAAGGAGCCCAAUGCUACUUGCUCCAAAUCCCAUCUAAGACCACACUUCCUUACUAUCGAGAAGGAAUUUGUUCAUGCCUCAAAUGCAAGGGAUGAACUAAAAAGGAAAAGGGAGGAAGAUAACUCCCAGGGUUCUAAGAAAAAGGGUAAGCAAGAGUCCAACAAGAAACAUGUAUGCAAGACCUGCGAGAAGCGCCAUCUAGGGAAGUGCAGGUUCGAAUCAAAAUCCCAAUCGCAGCCUAGGGCUUGUGGGAUCUGCAAAUCAAGAGAGCAUAGAACGUUGGAUUGCAAGGACAUGAAGAAUGCGGUCUGUUUCGACUGUGGUGAGGAAGGCCACAUCAAGACUACAUGCCCUACAUCUGUCAAGGGAAGUGCGGCUAAGAAUGGAAAGCCUAAGAAUGAAAGCGCUUAA